AUAAAUUAUGUGACUUUCGGCAAAUCACCAUCAUAGAUCUUCAUAAAAAUAUAUUGAUUUUAAUAUAGUAACCGUUUCUAAAUUAAUUAUUUUGGUAGUGUUUGGUACAAUCCAGUGCUUGUUACAAUGUGCGUUUGUCUUAAAUAAAAAUUACUUAUAUGUCCACGGUAAGAAUCUAAAUAAAUGGAAACGCGACAUCCAGGUAAAAAAGCCAAGCGAGUCCAGUCUUGGUAUCUAUACGAGCAAUACAAAUCUUUGGAGAAAAAUCAGAUAGAUGGCGCUCAAGUGUUGCGUGAUAGAUCUUGUCAAGAGAAGUUAUUGCAUAAGGAGUUAGAAGAACGGCGCGCGCGACGGCAUUACUGCAACCAGAUGGUCUCCUGCAACAGUGAGGGCCGCAUGCAAAGCUGCAUGGGUAGCGAUGCAGGCACUCUCACCAGCGUUAGCACUAACGACUUCAUCGACAACUUCUGCGGCUUUCAAGAAUCAGAUGACACCAUCGUAAAUUCAGAUCAAACGUAUGAUCUGUCUUACGAACGAACCAGAUAUCAAGACGCUAGUGAUAAUAAGCCAGCUGUAACCUAUCAAGAAAACUCCAACACCUUAGAGAGAGAAAUAGAGACCAAUUCAGACCUCAAUACAGAGUUGAACGUCGUCAAACAAAACAUCGAGGAGAGUGUUAAUAUGCAACUCGAAGCUAUGAAAGAAAAUAUUCAGUGUUUAGAGAAAUAUGCCAAACAAUCUUUUGUAGAUAAAACCGAGGAGCCGAUAAAAUCUCUGAAACACUGCUCAGUUUACAAAGCGGAGUACGACAAUAGUUUGUUGGCGAUAUGGUCGGGUUUGGUCUCUUUCGCUUACCAAGUAAUGCGACUGAAUCGUGGCAAUUGCUACUACGAUUGCAGCACUCAACUCUUAACCGCUGUAUUAUUUUGCGAUAUUCUUUGGAAGGGGGUUAAUAAAAUGUGUGAUAUUUUGCAGCCCUACGUUACGCCUAUUAAAUUUGACAAUGAUGUAAACUACUCCGGCAACAAUAAUCUUACGAAGAAACAUUACACUCCUUCACAUAUAUCCAAAGGAACACAAAGAUCGAGCACUGUAAAGGAACAGUUAAAAUUGAUAAACAUUGGACGAAGAAACAGAAGAAAUGUGAAAAAUAAAAUAAAAGAUGACAGUCACGCUUUUCAUUGUUUACCGAGCGUUGAAACAUUUUCGCCUAGAAUACGAAUAUUCAAUAGUUCGACGACAAACAGAUGGCUCGAGGAGAGCAAUCUACCUAAACGUUCGUGCAGUCAAAAUUGUAAUUGUCGUAGAGUAAAGAAAGUUGUUAAUCCUAUGAUUAAAUUGUCUCGAUAUAUAGACAGUGUGUUGAAAGAUCUUGAAGAUUAAUAGUAAAAAAAAAAUUGUUAAUAAAAAUAAUUCAUCCCAA